AUGUCAGCAAUAGCAUUCUGCCACAUUCCCAGUUUCUCAAGACACAACAAGUCUUGGCAAUUGCACGCCGGCAGCAAGCAUGGAAACGUCGUGACAUCGAAAACGGGAGGUGGGGUGGUAAGGUGGAGGGAUGAUGGGUACCAUGGAGUGGUUAUAGAUCCAGCAAGCUUGCCGUCUUGUGCAGAUGUUUUUGCAUCGCAGCUCCAAUCUUCGUUAGCCUUGUGGAGAUCCGAGGGGAAGAAGGGAGUAUGGCUAAAGCUAUUUCAAGACCAAGCUGAGCUCGUUCCCGUCGCGAUUAAGGAGGGUUUCUCGUACCGUGAUGCCGAAGAUGGAUAUGUUAUGCUGACCUACUGGAUUCCGGACGAGCCCUGUUCGCUGCCGUGUGGCCCAUCGCACCAAAUAGGCAUCGCUACCUUUGUUCUCAACCUCAACAACCAGGUUCUUGUAGUGAAAGAAAAAUGGUCAUGUAGCUGCUCUGGAGUAUGGAAAUUGCCAACUGGAUUCAUAGACAAGUCUGAAGAAUUGUUUUCAGGAGCAGUGAGAGAGGUUAAAGAAGAAACCGGGAUUGAUACAGAAUUCAUGGAGCUGGUAGCUUUUAGGCAUGUACACAGAGUUGCAUUUGAGAAAUCAGACUUGCUAUUUGUAUGCAUGCUUAAGCCAUUAUCCUUGGAAAUCCAAAUUGAUGAAAAUGAAAUUGAGGACGCUAAGUGGAUAAGUGUGGAUGAACUGCUAAGCCAGCAAUUUUACAAAGAAGAUGAGAUGCUAAAAAGGGUGAUGGAAAUUUGUAUGGCGGCCAACGACAAAAAAUACAGUGGAUUCGAAGCACAUCGUGUUGUAUCAAAAUUUGAUGGGAAGAUGUCCUAUUUGUAUUACAAGGAUAUCACCAAUUAGCCGGGUAUUUUGUUCACUAAUAAGAUACCAAUUUUACUACCAACUAAUGAUAAAAGGAUGUUUAAACCAUA